GGAUUUGUUGUAAUUUAGGUAUGGCGUUACGGGUUAUUCGCCUGCUUGUACCCCAAGGUGCAACGGCGUUCAGGACAGGAGGACAUGUACAGAAGAGUGGAAUCCACACGAGUUCUGUAAAUAGCCUGCAGUAUGGUUUCUGGGCAUACAUUUUGGGCGAGAGGACAAGCCCCAGACUAACGGAAUACAGCAAAAUCAUCACUGUCGAUGGCAACUUGGCUUCUGGAAAAGGGGCACUGGCAGCACAACUUGCCGACAAGUUAGGUAUGUUAUACAUGCCUGAGGCGGACAUUCACUAUGUGGACAGAAUGAACAAGGAGAAGGAGCCACUGUCCUCGGCACUCAACGGCUACUGCAGCCUGGAGAAGUUCUACACGGACCCCAAGGCCAAGGAUGGCAACUCAUACCGCCUGCAGUGCUGGAUGUAUCAGAUGCGCUUCAUGCAGUACGCCGAUGCCAUCGAGCAUAUGCUCACCACCGGCCAAGGGGUUGUUUUGGAGAGGUCUCCCUUCAGUGACAUAGUGUUUCUGGAGGCCAUGUGGAAACAGCGGUACAUCAGGAAGCAGUGUGUGGAGCACUACAAUGAGAUCAAGGGUAUCAGCAUCUGUGAGUUCCUGCCUCCUCACCUGGUGAUCUAUGUGGACCAGCCUGCUGAAGAGGUGCUGAAGAAACUCAAGGCCACAGGAAAGCCCCAUCUUCAGAACGUCCCCCUGGCAUACCUGAAGAGCAUCGAAGAGGCCUACAAGAAAACGUUCCUGCCAGCCAUCAGUGAAGAAGCAGAGGUCCUUGCCUAUAACACCGAGCAAGCUAAGGAUAUUGACAAGAUCAUAGAGGAUAUUGACUAUCUGAAGUUUGACAAAGGACCCUGGAAGGAGCAGGAUGAUGUCACCUAUCAUCACAUGAGAAAUUUUGUGGAGGACAAGCAGUCGGUGGCUGAUCUGACCGUCAUCCCUCGCUACCUGCCCGAGAUCACUGUUGGCGCCCAUGAUGUGGACAGCACCUACUACGGCUACAAAUCGCUCCCUGGAAAGGCCUACGCAGUGGGCUACAACGCAGACAUUGGCGACAAGAAUAUCCUCUUCAAGUAAACAGUGGCAGUAGUAGCGGCCAUUUUGCAAAACCCCACAGUGCUACCAACACAGAUGGCAGCCAUGACCGUAAAGAAACACAAAACCACGAUGGAAUACAUUUUCCACCAUCUAACAACCUUGUAAGCUCCGGUGGGCCAAGACACGUUUGAAUAUAUAUGGUUCUUGCUUAACAUAAACAUGUACAUUAUUAUUGUUGAAUAAAAAGUGUAAAUUAAAAAC